AGCCAGCAGAGAAUGACGACACGCUCAGUAUCGCUAGGUUCCGACCUGGAACUAGCAUAUGCAUCCCCGGUCGUUCUAAGAAUCACAGGAGGGGAUGCAGAAAGUAUCAGUCGUCAUGAACGAAAGCGGGCAGCAAGCGUCAUCAGCGAUGAAGAGGGAAAACCGGGGCCAGAUGGCAGGAAAAGAAAGAAGUAGAGGAUCAAGCGAUGAUGAAGGGAGCACAACAUUUGACAACUUCACAGAUGAAGACCUGAGGGUUGGCGGCCCGAAUCUGUGCUCCCUUCCUGCUCAGCUUGAUACCAGCAUUGCUCAAGGCCUCGCCCACCCACUGUACAAGAAAGGCCUGGCAAUGGAGCAGAAAGGUCUCUUAGACAUAAUGCCCAGGAUUGACAGAAGACAAUUUACACACAUAAAAGCAACCAUUGAUGCUGAAACAGAUUUUGUGAAGGAGAUUCAUGAUUUUUGCGCCGGAAAUCGAAACAAGUUUGGUUCAGUCAUUGCAGGUUCAGGGCUCAGACGCCGCAAGCACCCUUCUGCGAACAUUGACUCGUGGAUGAAUGUUGAUUGGGCUUUGAUUGAAGUUGAAAAGGGUCGCGAAGGGCCUAAUACAACUAAAGACGGAAGAUACCUGAGGGAUACUGGACCUGAAAUCCUUCAUGAUCUUCCCGAGAUAGAUCUCUAUUUUGAGGGUAGAAGCUCCCGGGCUUGUGGAGGAACUGCUGGCCAAUAUCCGUCAACUAGCAGAGAACAAUAUCAGCGCCCUCAUCCGCAGGAUAUUGUGCCCCCGAAGGAUGGAUCUUCAGGGUUUCGAUACUUGUGCUUCGCCCUUGGUGUUCACCAAACCCUCGCGCAGGCAAUAACCGUCCCUCGGGGUCCCGCCUCAGAGCCCUCCGAAGUUCAAUGGACAUACUGUGAGGGUGGGCUGGACGGUCCGAAAGUCGUCCCCAUCAACAGCUCAACCUGGGACUGGUGGUAUUUUGACGUUGUGCAACCGUUUACCGCAAGCGGAGAGCAGGCCUCCGUUGUGGCUGUCCUCUAUACGGCCACAGCUGGGGGAUUUCAGAUGCUCAGCGAAUUUGCCGCGGCAGGCUAUACCAGUGUCGACCUCGCGCAAGUGACCGUUACCUGGCCCAAUGGGACCCAGGACCAAUAUCUCUUCAACGCGACGGAGGCCCAAUUCGCGACCAUCGGAGACGGUACCAGCGGUUCCUACGUGGGCACUGGGUUGUCUUUUGCAGGCGCUCCGGAUUUAUCCGCAUACUACGUGCAGAUAAAUUCUCCGGAGCAAGGAAUAUUUGGGUCGUUGGUUCUUCAGUCGGUUGCUCCGGCGCAUUGCCCCUGCGGGCCCGCGACUCCCGGGCAAAGUCUCCAGAUUGCUCCUCACAUCGGAUGGAUCAAUGCAAUUCCCGAUGCCAGUGCGGCCGUGGAGCUGGCUGUCCGAGGCGAGAAACUGAGCUUCGUUGGUGCGGGAUAUCACGACAAGAACUGGGGGGACCAAAACUUCCUCUCGAAUGUCGGAUCGUGGUAUUGGGGCCACGGGCAUAUCGGUCCUUACAGCAUCGUGUGGUUCGAUUUCCUAUCCCCACAAGGGGAGAACUACGUCUCUUCGUACGUCGCGAAGGAUGAUGAGAUUCUGGUGGCGCAAUGCUCGGGAAUCACUACUCGCCCGUAUGGCGAAAACGCGACAUAUCCGCCAACAGCGGGGGAAGGCGCUCCGACAGGAUUCCAGAUCAACAUCACGCUUCCUGAUGGAGAUCUCCACUUGAAGGCCACUGGGAGGUAUAUUGUUGCCGGCUACAGUGGAGAGCCUUAUACCAGAUGGUCCGGUAUAUUAAGCGGGAUCGUGGAUGGGAAGAACCUCAGUGGGCCUACAAUCUUCGAGCAGUUCAAUUUUGCAACCUAGUUACAUAGUAUCUACGGAUAGUAGGCCUGGAAUCAUUCCACAUAUGUAUAACGCGAUCUAUUUUAGAAUAGUUUAGUUUAGUCGAGAGCAUCAAGACAAAUCACAGUUGUAUUAUGUAUGUAUACAGAUCGAAUUGAGAUACAUCCCAUAAUUCAUUCCAAACCUGACAACUUUCCCAUAAUCAUGAGCUUCUUGGUUCAGUACUCCGUAUGUAUACUCCCCGUACUGUAACUAACUAGUGCUUCUGGACAGACUUAUCCCCAGCCGCAUGCAGUAAAGUAAGAAUUUAGCGUCUCGGGAUAUUCAGAUACCCGCCUCCGUAUGGAGUCCAAGACUACAAGUCUCCUCCAUCCGGUACCCGAACCCUAAGUCUUCCCAGGUGCAGGGACGGCUCAACGCGUAUCCGAAGGGCUAAGGGCUC